UGCUGUAACUGGCUAGUUGUCCCCAGGAGCUCGUUCGAUAGAGGUCCCUGCUGGAAUUUAUCUACUACCUUAUCAUGAGCCAUCAACUUAGGCCUUUGGAGGAUUAACCUCUAUCUCACUCUUUUAACUUCACAACUUAAUCAUGGCUCGUCGACAGCAUUUAACGCUGACCUUUAUUCUGGUCCUUGGAGUCUUCUUCACCCUAUCCUAUUUCUUCUCCGGACCCUCGCGCAGUAUUCUUCCUAAAUACCAGAAUGAUGUUGAACUGCCCCUGAAAGACGCCCCUCGAUCUGAGUUCGCUGCUGACCUCGGCGCUCUGCCCGCUGGUCUCCUCGAUGGCAACUCUAUUGCGCCUAAGCUCGAGAACGCGACGUUGAAGGCUGAACUUGGCCACGCGACGUGGAAGUUUCUUCAUACGAUGAUGGCACGGUUCCCUGAUAAGCCGACCAAGGACGAUCGCAUGGCCCUCGAGACCUUCAUGCACCUAUUCGCCCGACUUUAUCCUUGCGGUCAGUGUGCGGCGCAUUUCCAAAAGCUUCUUGCCCAGUACCCGCCACAGACCAGCAGCCGCAACGCAGCGGCUGGAUGGCUGUGCUUCGCCCACAACAUUGUCAACGAGAGGGUGCACAAGCCUCUCUUUGACUGCGAAAAUAUCGGCGACUUCUACGACUGUGGCUGUGGUGAUAAGGACAAGAAGGAGGGUGGUGCAGAAACCACAGCAGCUGCCCAGGCCCAGGGGCCGGAUCAAGAGCUGCACAAGCAUUGAAGAGCUAGAACAUAAAAAUCCAGAUUAAUGUACAAGUAUUUCAGAGGGAGGACCACGUAUGUGCUGGCUUUGGCUGGUCCAGCUUGUUCAUGCUUGAUAUACCACAAUUCCUCCAAACUCCUGCACGCGUAACUAUCAUAAGCGACGAAAAAACAAAAUAAACACAUAAAAAACAAUAACAAGUUCCGCAAG